CCUUCAGAAACGACAGCCAGUUUUAUUCGCGCUCAAACGGGUUCUGGUGUUGUCAAAAAUUUUAUCAAUGAGUACCGCGAGAUCGCCCGAUGUCCUAAAUUCGUUGCGAAAAGCGUUCGUAAAUGGUUAAGUUUAUCGUAGAAUAUCUUCAAUUCGCAAAAUAGAGAUGGCAUAUCGGAGGAUAGCCUCUUCGCAGUGAAAGUGCAGUAGAAAUAGAUUGUUUUGAUUUGCUUCCGUCACGGAUUGUGAGCCGUUUCAGAAAAUGAAUGCUGGCAUUGUGAAGUAUUUUAAGAGUCCCAAAUCGGACGAACCCAAAGAUGUUGCUGUGGUUGAAGGAGGAGUUAGACCAGCAGAUAAAGCUGAAGUGUUGGUCAAAGAAUGUAGUAGUGCUGGCAGUCUGGAUCCGGAACCUGGUCCUAGUCAACUAUCUAAGAGUGAGGUGGAUAGAAUGAUUGCCGAGAAUAUGGCAUCGGUGCUUAAGUCGUUGAAGAAAAAACGAAACCACAAAUGCAGCAGACGAAGAAAGAACGGGGAACAUAGGGAGAAGGAUGGCCAACGAGGGUUGGAGGCGGAGGAUGAUGUGAUGGAAGUCGGGAAGAAAGCACAUCGGCGACAAUCUCCCAGGAAGGCAUCCAAAGAAACUGAAAUUUCAGUUAACAAUAAGGACGGCGAGGAUGCUGCUUCCUCUAAGCAGGUCAGUGAUGAGAAAGGAAAUAAAAAGGUUAAUGCCUUCCAACUGAUGAUGAGUUCGCGCAAUAAAGCAAUUGGGUCAAAUUCGCCCGGGAAAAAUGCCUCUGAAAGUGAGGAACUAAAUUCUGAAGAGCAACAGAAGCGAGGUGAGAAGACUAAACGCAAACUGAAGCUUGAAGAAUGGGCCGAGAAAAAGGGAGCCGGCAAGCGUAAACUGCAGGAAGCAGCCGAAGAGGAGUUUAUAUCCCAUCAGUUGGACCGUCGAGCGAAGCGGAUGAAAAGGUUGAUUAAGAAUAUGGAAUUUGAAGAUGCUGGAGACACGGUUGUGGCAAAGGAAUCGCCGCGUAGAAAGGUCAAGCCAGGUAAACGGGAAAAGAGGAAUAAUCCUGAGCAGGCGGUAGAGUUGCAAUUGAAAGGAAAGCGCGGAAGACAACGGUUAUGUUCCGACGACUCUGUACAGUCAGGUUCUAGUAAGGUAACCGAAGAAGCAGUUGAAACAUCUCCUGAGAAAAACGACAUCAAUGAUGAUUUUGUGGAUAAGCUAAACUCUCCGCUUAAGAAAAGAGACAGUUUACUUGGAUAUUUCAAUAAGGUUGAAAAUGCAACUUCCCCUGGAAACGCAGUAGAAGAGACAUCACCAGCACCAAACAAACGCAGACGAGGUCGUAACAGAGCUGUAUCGAUACUACCGGAAGAGGAAACCGUUGAAGUAGCAGUCAUUAUCGAGGAGCAGGACGAAACAGACACAACUCCCAGCACUCCGGCUAGUUCAGGACGGCCAAGAAGGUCUUGCGCAAAUAAAGUAAAAGAUUAUGCCAUUUUCAGUGGUACCAGCCCGGAGAAGGAAAUGGCAGCUAAGCGCUCGAGCAGGAAGCCAGCAGUCACUCCGCUUAAGAUCGUAAACGUAAAUUCGUCGUCUUCCGUCCGCAGUUUGAGUAUCGAUCAGGAACCUCCCGGCACGCCAAAGUCAACCAAGAAUGUAAAAUUGGCCCCCCUUUUUGUUAAGAAACCGGUCGAAGACCCAGCAAAAGUGCGCGCUCGGCAAGAGUUUUUGAUGUCCGGUAUUCCGGAGAAAAUGCGUUUAGAAAUUGAAAAGCAACGUAUUUACGAGGAUUCUAUUUUGAAUGAAUCACCGGUGUUUCCCUUGAUCAGCCACGUCCAGCAGCUGGAAUCUCCGGUGAAACAGGAGCUAUUAUCGAUGAGAAACAGCAGGAUCAAGAUUCUCACUGAGUCACCAGGCAAAGCGACCGUUCGUAACGAGGACGGCUAUGAGUUUUGUACUUUGACAAACUGCGAUGACUCCGACGUCGAGGAAAUUUUGGCCAAGUUAGUAGACCAGGGUGACCCGGAAAAACUGUACAGUUAUGACCUACCUGAUGUGGCUAACGUUAAAAGCAUCGUUCGAGAAUGGAAACAGACCUACAGGCACUUCCCGGUAUUCAAAUGCUACAAACAAUUCCGUUCUAUCUAUGAAGACCAUGUCGAGAUAGGCUCUCCUCCCAAACGAGUGUGUCCUAAGACGAUUGAAGAAAACAGUAUUGAGUUGAUUGAACCGGAAUUUUCGAAUUGCAACGGAGAGCUUCUUUUCACCGAAAAGUACAAACCGGUAACCUCUGAUAAUAUUUUAGUCAACUGCCAACCGGCAAUUUCUCUGAAGAAAUUUCUCUCGGCUUGGAAAGACGAUCGUUCUUCAAAUCGCUACGAUUCUGAAGAUGAUUUUGAAGGUUCCAAUUCCAGCGUAUCAUCAAACUCGACCUCCAUGUGCAACCACGUAGUUUUAGUUGGACCGCCUGGGUGCGGCAAAACCUGUAACGUUUAUGCCGUUGCCAACGACAUGAACUUUAAUGUUCUAGAGCUGAACGCCAGCAGUCGACGGAAGGGUAAAAUAAUUCUCCAGGAACUACAGGAAGCUACCCAAAGCCAUCAGGUUCGACGGAAGGAUGAAUCGGUUGAUAUAUUCAAGAAGUCACUAGCUCGAAAGGGCAGUAAAUCCAAACGACGACAACUUUCGACCGACUCAGACACAGGUUCCUCAAAGAAACUUUCGUUAAUUCUCGUUGAAGACGCGGAUAUUGUAUUCGAGCAAGACGAAGGCUUCAUAGCAGCGAUAAAUCAGCUUAUCGCGACCUCGAAACGGCCCAUCGUACUGACCACGACGGAUCCGAACUGUCAGCACCUGUCACGCUACAUAUCGAACAACGUGAUUCGAUAUGUUGCUCCCGGAAUCGCAAACGUUGCUAAGCUACUCUCCAUUCUGGCUCUGGUUGAAAAAGUCCACAUCGAUCAGUACGAUCUUGCUCGUCUGUACGCGUUGAAUCGCAAAGAUCUCCGAAAAACUCUAAACGAGCUACAUUUCUUCAUUCAAAGUGGCGGGGAUCGUGAUCAGUCACAGGUGUAUUCCCUCGAUGACGAACCACCGAUCCAAUUGCCAGAAAGCGAUAGCAUUCCAUCGGUUAUGAUGGACGACGAAGCAUCCCGACAGUCAACCACUUCUACCCAUUCCGACGCUGCUGUUUCGCAAAAGCAUCGAUCGUUAUUUAGACUGUACAGCCGGAAUCAGAACGAUCAGCAGCAGCUCAUCCGAAUGCCACUCGAUUUCGAUAAUCUCUGGUGCAAUAUGGAGCUGGUGCUUCGAACGGUGCCAGCAACGAUAACGAAUGGCGUCAAACGACGAAAAGGGAAGGCAGCGAAGGCGAAAAAUCGUGGCCAAGAGGAGCUGGAUGAGAUGGUAUUUUUCUAUCAGAACAUUUCAUCGGCGGCGCUGAUACAGCGUGAUUCGAAGAGUGUUGAGGACCGGUUAGUGGACCAUUUGGAGGAGGAAGUUGCGCACGGUCUGGUGGAAGAUUCUUGGGAACGCUGGUUUGAAGGGGACUUGGAACAGGUCGUAGAGGAAAAGCGACGGAGUGGAGUGGGUGCGAUGCGCUACGAUAGUUUGAAGCAGCUUGAAGCGGAAGAGCGCCAACUAAUCUCCACCCACAUCGGGAUCAACACGAUCCGCACCCGGUCAACGUACUGCGACUACGAACCGUUUCUACGAACCAUCUGCCGUUGCGAACGAGAACGCUCUAGGGUGGAAAGGCGCGGCAGCCGAUUCUAUCACUAUUUCCGCAAUUUUCAAUACACCAGUGGCAUGCUUGCAGGGGGAAACGGUAGCGGCAGCAGUAUGAUGACCAAUUUCAGCGUGGAUUAUUUCGAUGCGCUCAGUACUCGGUUCGAGGUGGAACAAAUUCCAGUGACAAACGAAGCUAAAGUAACGGUUGAAUCGUCGGACGAGAGUCGUUAAAACUGUGUGACAAUAGGUAAAGACGUGUUACGAUUUAGGACAAAAAGGUUGAACGUUUAUUACUAUGGAUGUAUGUUUUGCACACUGUUCCGUGCCUAUAGAUUAAAGUAGUUGUUAGUGCCUAGUUAUUUAUUUCACAAUCGUUCGGCGCACGUACAGCUUAGCCGAUAUAGCACUUUUGUAAAAUUGAUGUCCCUUUGCGAUUAAUAAAAAAAUAAUUAAUCCUGA